AUGUCUACUUCGGAGCUGCCCAUCCGAAUCCACGACCAUGUCGAGAUCGUACUCUCAGACGGCAUUAUCCUGUCCGCUAUGAUCUGGAUCCCCGAAACCGCAGACUCGGUCCCCGUCCCCGCCAUCCUCGAAUACCUGCCCUACCGCAAGCGCGACGGAACCGCUGACCGCGACGCCCUCAACCACCGCUACUUCGCAGCUCACGGCUACGCCUGCGUCCGCGUAGACAUGCGCGGCUCCGGCGACUCGGAGGGCGUUCUCCUCGGCGAGUACCUCCAACAAGAGCAGGACGACGCCUUGGAGAUCCUGCGAUGGAUCGCCGCCCAGGAGUGGUGUACCGGUGCAAUCGGCAUGAUCGGCAUCUCCUGGGGCGGCUUCAACGGCUUACAGAUCGCGGCUCGUCAGCCACCGGAACUGAAAGCCGUCAUCUCACUUUGCUCGACUGACGAUCGCUACGACAACGACGUCCAUUACAUGGGCGGCUGCCAGCUCGUCGACAACUUCCUCUGGGGGGCAACCAUGUUCUCCAUCGCCCCCACGCCUCCGGACCCGGCCCUCGUCGGCGACAAGUGGCGCGAUAUGUGGAUGGAGCGUUUGGAGACUGGGACGCCUUACAUGGAAGAGUGGCACCAGCAUCAGCGACGCGACGAGUUCUGGCAGCACGCUUCCAUAUGCGAAGACUACGGCGCGGUCCAGUGCCCCGUGUAUAUGGUCGGCGGUUGGCAUGACGCCUACUCGAACUCCAUUUUUCGGACGCUGGAGAACCUCAAGUGUCCCAAGAAAGGUCUGGUCGGGCCCUGGGCGCACAAGUAUCCCAACAUGGGGAAACCCGGCCCGCCAAUCGGUUUCUUGCAGGAGUCUCUGCGCUGGUGGGACAAGUGGCUGAAAGGCAAGGAAACAGGCAUCAUGGAGGAGCCGAUGCUCAGGUGCUACCUCAACGAUACGGUGCCCCCGCAGAGAUCCUACGUCCAGCGACCCGGGCAUUGGGUUGCGGAGAAGAGUUGGCCCAGUGAGCGCGUGACGACGAAGACGAUGAGUCUUGCUUCGGGACAGCUGCUUGACGGGUCGUGGGCGAACAUCGAGAAGAUAUCCUUCAGCUCCCCUCAGACCGUCGGAUUCGCUUCGGGGAGAUGGUGUCCGUACGGAAGCUCAACGGACCUGCCCGGUGACCAGCACGAUGAGGCCGUAGGCUCGCAGAUAUUCGACAGCCAGCCCCUGACGCAGCCGUUGGAUAUCCUCGGCCCGAUCGUAGUUCAAUUGAGGGUUGCAAGCGACAAGCCCAACGCCUUCGUCGCGGCUGUCGUCUCUGAGGUCCUGCCAGAUGGCUCGGCGACCCGGCUUUCGUAUGGGGUACUCAACCUUACCCAUCGCGAGGGCCAUGUUGACCUCAAACCACUCGAACCAGGAAGCUUCUACGACGUGACGGUGCAGCUGAACGAGUGCGGGCAGCGCAUCGGGGCCGGGAGCGUCAUACGGCUUGCUCUCUCGACAUCAUACUUCCCGACAGUAUGGCCGUCGCCAGAGGCACCGACACUGACAAUAGACUGCGCAUCGAGCCAGUUGAAGCUCCCAGUCCGACCCGAAACCCCCUCCGACAACGACCUGCAGCCUUUCGAGCCCGCUGUAAACGGACCGCCACUGGAAACAAAGUACCUCCGUCCAGCCAAGAUGAACAACAGCCUCGUCAAGGACCUAGCGACGGACCGAGUCACAAUUACGUUCGACAGCGACGAGGGGUUAGCCGAGGACCUGAACAACGGCUGGCGCUGGGGCGGAACCACCACGACGAUCUGCAGCGUGCGUCCGGAUGACCCGUUGUCGGCGCGCGCGGAGCAGAACUUCCGUCAGGAGUUUGGGCGUGGGGAGUUGGAGUUGGCUAUUGAUGGGUGGACGUCGAUGACGGCGACGGAGGGGGAGUGGUGUAUUACGACGCGCAUGGAGGCGUGGGAGAAUAAGGGGAGGGUUUUUGAGAGGGAGCAUGUUUAUAAGAUACCAAGGGAUCAUAUGUGA